AUGUCCUAUAUUCCUCCACACAAGCGUUAUUUGAAGGAUCCGGUUAAACCUUCCCCUGUUCCAGAUUCUCUUGACACAAAAUUCAAAAAAAAACUUGACUUCAAGAGUAGCAGUACUAAAGGCAAUAAUGCUAUUGUAUAUUCAAGAGAAGCCAUUUCCAGAUGGUUUCCUAUUGGUUCAAAUGUAACAGAGAAUGAUGUUUCUCCAUCUCUGAAGCUUGUGCCCUUAUCCUCGGAUUCUACUGAACGCAGAAAUGGACAAACGUAUUUGGUGUUGAUGAACAACAAUAUCCAAAAAGCGGAUAUGACAACCGAAGAGAAGGAAAAAGAAGAGAGAACUAGGUGGAUGUUAGUAGCAGAGAAGGUUGAGGAGGAUCUUGUGUUGGCAUAUGAGAAAGCUAAGAAGUGGUUAAUAGAGGAUUGUCAUCAUGGAGAUAAUGCUAAAUUGAGAUUGGUUGCUAGGUUUGGAAAAAUUCUCUUCUACGGGCGUCAAGCUGGUCCAGUGGCUGAAUGUUCACUAAGAAGGAACAAGAUAUUCUCUACAGAUGUCCCAACUUCUUUCAUACAAAACAUAAAGUCUAAGGCUAUAUCAAGCCAUGAGUUCUGUAUAGGCGAGGAUAAGGAGACAUUCAUUGUGAAGACGGAGCUGAAUCAUGCAAGGCAUUUGGUUGUUGAUGUGUCAUGCAUCGAUAAGAGUCUUGACAUGAGGCUAAUGCUCGCGGCCAACAGGAAACUAAUGGCUCUUACCGAGAAAGAGAAGAGUAACAUUAAAGAACUGUUGGAUUCAGCUACUGUAGAUCCGAAAGUGAAAGGUGGUGUAAGGUGGAGGCUUGGUUCGUCCAGGGAUGGAUACAGAAUAUUUGAAGAGAAGGAGAUUGAGAGGGGUUGUGUUAUGGAAAUGCUACGAGAUGCUCUUGGAACAAUAUGGGACUUCUUGCUUUGCGAUGCCAAUCUUUAA